AUGAACGUUGGUGGUGCAAAAGUUACGAAGGCGGCAACACGUGGUCAGAAGCAGAUUUAUGAGGAGAAUAAAGCUGUUAUAUUACACUAUUCAUUGGCCGCACUGCUUUCCACGGUUUUCUACGUUAUCAUCUCAUCAUUCUUGUUUCUUCGGACAACGUGGGAAUGGGUGAGUAAUGUUUAA